GAACAGUUGAGCCGUUGUCACCAGAAGGGAAGCAUCUCACAGUGCAAGAUCUCGUGAUUUUCUUUAUUUGUUCUUCAUCAUUUUUUGCUGCAUAAGAAAAACGUGCCAAUCUUUGGGAAAAUGGAAACAAAAUAUGCAAAAAUACUUUUAUUACAAAUGAUGGCUGUUCUUGUGGUCUGCCAAGAUACACAUGAUAGUCUUCCUGCCGAAGUUAAAACGGACUUCUUCCCCGUAGCUGAUUCACCCCUUGAUAAGCCUAUCCAUUCCCGGGAAUACGUGGACUUUAUUAACAAACUCUACAGCCAUGACACAUCGAAGAUUCCAAUUCAUUUGGAUCCUGAAACAACCAAUGAGAGAUCAUCCAGAUCCCUGAGUGAAGAAGAGUUGGAGGAUCAGGUGCGCGAGAAGCGGGCCAUCAUCUUCCGGCCACUCUUUGUGUACAAACAGCAGCAGAUAAGGCGGGAGAAGCUGAAGGAUAAACGAAAGCAAUCUCAAAGUACCCAACAAACCACAACGUCCAAACCGAAUCUCUAUGUUCCUGCCAAUCACAGUCACUACAUCAUUUACAACAACAAAGUCUACACACAGUACAAUCCCUACUAUGCUCCCUAUCAGUAUGGACAGAAGUUCCCAUACCAGAAGUGGUGAGGCGCCAGAGGGGCUCACCUGCAAAAAAAAUCUCACACCAAAAAAGCAAACCUCCUAAGGAGACCAAGUUCAAAGUCACUGGAAAUCAUUUUAAAUUUAUAAUGCCGUUUUCUCACACCUCAAUGCUAAUCACUUUAACAUUGGGCCCAAAAGAGUUGUUGAUGACAAAAAUCGUCUUGUGAUGCAAUUCGUACGGAGUUGCGCUCUUUAGCUAUGAUCUCCAUUCAUUUUUUGAUGUGUAUAAUCAACUGAUUAAGUCUCCUUUAUUGUACAUUUUAAUCGCGCUCCAGCGUCUUCCAAAUUAGUCAUUUACGCCAUGCAAAUUUAUUUAAUUUCUUAGUUUAGAUGAAAAUUAUUUUUUUGUAAUUCUAUUUUAUUUUAUUGUAUAAUUUGAAAAUAGAGAAUUUAUUUAAAUAAAUUUUAAGAAUUUAAAAUAAA